AUGGAUUAUUUAUUACCAAUGUGUCAGGGUCGUAUAAAACCUGGGGAAUUACCGAUCAUCAGUCCGAGAACCAUUUACUUUUUUGUUUGUUCAGCCUAUACAGAUUUCUCCGUGGAAAGGUGUAUUUUACAAGAAAGUGUAUAUUAUGAUAUACGUAAAUACUCACAAGAAAAAUACGGACUUGAUGUUUGUUUCAUCGAUCCAAGACCGCUGGAAGAUACACUACCAUUGGAGCCACUUGGAUAUGUUGAAUUAUUUCGAAAUCUCAGCCUACAAUACUGUCGUAACGACCUGAACUGCUGUCCAAUAAUACUACUGGGACAAAGGCAUGGUCUACCACUAUUGCCAAAGCGGAUACCUGCCAGUAUAUUUGACUGUUUGACACAUCGGAUGAAACAGAAGGCCUCAAAUCUCUGCUACACAAUCCUUCAAGAAAUCGACUUGACGAGGUGGUAUCAUCUAGAUUCCAGUGUAGUCGGUGAACCUCAGUGGUGUUUAAAUUCGAUGGACUAUCUUGGAAAUAAAUUAGAAAAUCAGCCCGUUGAAAAUCGUAAGAAAAUAAUUGAAGAGUGGAAUCAAGCCAGGGAUACUAUAGCUUGGAUCUUUUAUCACAUUGGAAAUCUGUGUUUACGUGAAAACCUGAUAACAGAACAAGAUUUCAACAUGUUGUUUUUAACAGAAUUUCCUUCUACACUGUCUUCGUUGAUUAAAUCAACUGAGGUUAAUUAUGAUAAUUUUAUGGAUUACCAGACACAAACACAUUCUGAACUGAUUCCGGUGAACACUGAUUGGAUAUUUUCAGACCCAGCUGUGUUGCACAGAGAAAUUAUUGAUAUUCAGCACUACAUAAAGGAGGAACAAAGUAUAAGAAAGUUUAUUGAUAUUAUGCCUCAACUAACAUCUGAUCCAAAUAUAACAAUGGUUAAUUUUCUCCCUUCGAAUGUGUUGAAGCACCAAUCGUCCAUAAAUCAUCUUCUUCAAGGCAAUUUACAGACAUUGACAAAACGGUUACUUCAAAAGAUCACCUACAGUAAUGCAUCAUUUGAAGAUCAAGUAAUGAAAGUACUCUGGAGAUCUCCUCAUGGUAUUGAUCGCAAGUUCCAUGCAGAUUAUCUCAGUGAAUUUGUAUCACGUGUCAGGAAACUCGCCCAUGAUGCAAUCGAUAGAAGAGCAAGUACUAAAACGGCCUUAAUGUUACCUAACCUAUCACUUGGUUCGUUCAAGUCACAUCAUACAGAGAUUGCUGUUCCACUUUUACAUUCACAAGAGGAAGCCGACAGCCCAAUUUCCGUGCCUGAAGCAACAAUCAUUUUACCACAGAUCCAGAAUGAACAUACUUAUGCAGCAAGAGAAUUUCAAAAACGUAUCACGUUGUGGGAUAAUGUAUGGAAUGCACUGAACUACGUUGACUGGCUAAUACCCAUUGGCAGUUCAUACAAAAAUGAAAUAGAGACUUUAUUAUGUUACGUAGAAGACACUGACCCAGCAGCUCAAGUUCCAAUGUUAGUUUACAGUACCUCUGAGGUCACAAAUAAGACAGAUGAAGAACAGUUCUGUCUGGCAAACGCUGUUGCAGCUUGUUGUUUUCAAGAGGUGCAAAGCCGGCUGUCUAUGGAGUCAACCGACUAUCUCAUACUUACUCGAAUAUACACAAAGCCAACUUUGAUUACUGAUGCUUUGCAAGAUUUAGCUGAACAGAUUAGCUUUUCUUUACAGAUCGGUCGAGACUUAUUGAAAGUUACAACUUUAGCCUCCUUCCUGUAUUCAUUAUCAUGUUUAAAGGGAAAACACACUUUAAAAUCAAUGAUCAUUAUAAUUGGUGGCAUAGAUUACCUUGAAGUUGGUGGUUAUCAAGAUUCUAUGGAAGAUUUACUACCUAUCCUGCAAGCUAGUCAACUUCCAAGACGUCUAGCUAGUGGGAUAAAGCUAAUCUUAUCUGGUAAUUUGAAAAUGACAAAACUGAAAGAUGGCGUGAACGAUAAGGAAGAGAAAGGAACCGAAAUCAGUGUUGGUGUUUUAUUACCUACAACCAGUCUAAAUCUAGAAAUAUGUUCAAAUGCUUUAUCAGAAGGAUUUGCAAACUGUAUGCAUAACUUAACUAAAUUAAACUGUUGUCUGAAAAAUGACCAAUUGAUAGGUGUUCAUGAGUUAUUCAAGUUAGUUUCUGAAAGAAAAGACCUCCCGAUUUUAGCCUGUGCUGCAGGUGUAUGCCUGUUGCCAAAUCUAAAGUCACAGAGUAUUACAGGGAAUGACCUAAUGUCCAAACUAACUGACACACAUUUAAACGAUUUUAUCACCGAUUAUGGAAAAUAUUUUGGCUACGAUGCAGUCAAAAAUAUCGUCUGUCUGCUCAUUUCUGUGAGCAACGAAAAACUUUGUGCUCCAGGAGUGACUCUAAAUGAACUGCAAGAAAUUCUAAGUUUAUAUCACGAUGUUCUUUCAGGUGAAGUAAGUGAACAGUGUUCACAAAACAAUUCUCAACUUUGUGAUGCUGCUAGUUUAUUAUUACUGACAUAUUCUUUUGGAAAAAGUUUGACUGCCCGGCUUGGACAUCAGUAUUCAGUGCGCUCAAUGGAUGGAUAUUUUGUCUACAAACUUUCCAUUCGGGACAAACUUGACGUCAGAACUAUGAAUAUGAUCACUAGUUUGUUGAAAAGUUACAUUUCAAGUGAAAAGUUUGGAAAAAAGAAAAAUAUAUCUCCACAAAAACUGGAUAUUGUUCCAUUUCAUUUAAUUUACUUCAGACUUCCAACGUAUUCAAAUGAUUUCUCAAAGCCGGUGGAAAACAACUGUGAUUCACGAAUCUUAGCUUACGAUGUACGUUAUCUUCGACACUCAUCAUUUGUUUAUUAA